AGCCGUUGAAUUCCCGUCGAGGAGGAGGAAUCGUGUGUACAUGCGAGCUGAACCAGGGUCACCUUUCCUGUUUCUGUUCUUUAAGCCCUUUUCCACUAAAAUUGGGUUCAUUUUGUAGAACGCUUUUGGUGUUAGCCAUUCUCCGUUAGCGUGUGCUCGUAGUCCGCCCGCCUGCCAAGCUAACAUUUAGCGGCAGAUGACAGUGACAGGCAGGGUGUUGGUAGCUGCUCGGUGAUAAGAGAUAAAGUGGGUUAAAGGCGGCUGUUGGGGGCAGAUAAAAGCAAUAAUAACGGUCUGAACUCGACAAUGUAGCGACCACAAGCUCCACAGGAGGACUCGGUGUGCUGAUCAACCGGCUGGAGCACUAAAAUGUUCCCCCUGGUUGACUCACUCAACAGGAAACACCUCAGUCACUGAAUCUGGCUGGACGAGACGGACGAUACGUUGGUUUUUUAAAAGGUUGUUGUCAUAUUUAGCUAGUAUCUGACCAGUUGCUGACAACUCGGACAAUGCGGCUUUUAAUUCGCAUGUCAAACUGCACACACAGAGUGCACCUGUGCAAACUGAAGCUAACUCAGUCCAGGCUGUUAUGGCUGGAGCACCGGCCGGCUGGAGCAGCUGCCCCCCGGAGGAAGAGACCGUCCGCCGGUGUGAAGUCUUCAGUCCACACGGUAGCAGCAUUCUCUCCCUGCUUCUCCAGGACCUUCGUGUCGGUGUUGUCCUGCAGUCCCCUCACAGCUUUCUGCUCACACACACCUACAGGCCGAACACGGACGGUCACACACACACCUGUUGCCUUCGCCAGCUCCUCAGCAGCCUCCACACCAGCCGAGUCGGUGAAGACCCAGACGGACACGGAGGGGAAGAAGACUGCCACCACCGUCCCCCUGGAGGAUGUCAAAAGGAUUAUGAGACUCGCUCACCCGGAGAGAUGGACGCUGGCAGCUGCUGUAGGCUUCCUAACGGUCUCCAGUGCAGUCAGCAUGUCGGCUCCCUUCUUCCUGGGCAGAGUGAUUGACACGAUUUACACCGCUGGAACGGACACAGAGACGAUGACGGCCUCUCUAACAUCGCUGUGCAUCAUGCUGACAGGAGUGUUUCUGUGUGGCGGAGCUGCCAACGCUGCCAGAGUCUACCUCAUGCAGGUUUCAGGCCAACAGAUUGUUCGUAAUCUCCGUGCGUCCGUCUUCUCAUCCAUCCUCAGACAAGAAGUGGCAUUUUUUGACAAGAAUAGGACGGGCGAGCUCAUCAACCGGCUCUCGGCAGACACAUCGGUGGUGGGCCACUCCAUCACGGACAACCUGUCAGACGGGCUGAGAGCCGUCGCCCAGGCGGCUGCUGGUGUCAGCAUGAUGUUCUACAUCUCCCCCAGUCUAGCAAGCUUUGUGCUGCUGAUUGUUCCCCCUAUGGCCGGUCUGGCUAUCGUCUAUGGCAGAUACCUUCGCUCCAUAUCCAAACGCACACAGGAUGCUCUUGCACAAGCCACACAGUUGGCAGAGGAGCGAAUCAGCAACAUGCGGACAGUCAGGGCUUUUGGUAAAGAGCUGUCAGAAGUCAACACGUACACACUGAAGACAGACCAUGUCCUCAACCUGGCUAAGAAGGAGGCUAUAAUGCGAGCUGGCUUCUUUGGAAUGACUGGUCUCAGCGGGAACAUCAUGAUUCUGUCAGUUCUCUACAAAGGAGGCCUUCUGAUGGCCAGUCAGCACAUGACUGUCGGAGAGCUCUCAUCGUUCCUCAUGUACACCUUCUGGGUGGGCAUUAGCAUCGCAGGUCUGAGUUCAUUCUACUCUGAGCUGAUGAAGGGUUUUGGAGCAGGAGCCAGACUGUGGGAGCUGCUGGACAGAAAACCAGAGUUUCCUCAAAAUGAGGGCCGAGUCCUUUCUUCAGACCAGCUGAAAGGCCAGCUAGAGUUCUGUGAUGUCACUUUUUCCUACCCAACACGUAAGGAGGCUCCUAUUUUCCAGAAUCUUAGCCUCUCAGUCCCGGCUGGCACCAUUAUGGCGGUGGUGGGACCCAGUGGAUCAGGGAAAUCAACCCUGGUCUCACUGCUGCUCAGACUGUACGACCCCAAUGCUGGUAUCAUCACUGUAGAUGGUCAUGACAUCAGGGAUCUAAACCCCUACUGGCUCAGGAGUCAUAUUGGAACUGUCAGCCAGGAGCCGGUGCUGUUUUCUUGCUCUAUUAGAGAUAAUAUAGCCUAUGGUGCUGUGGACCCAGAUGCUGUAAACACUGAGGACAUCUACAGAGCUGCCAGAGUGGCCAACGCCUAUGAUUUCAUCCAGGGGUUUCCUAAGGGCUUUGACACUGUGGUGGGGGAGAAAGGAGUGCUGCUGUCAGGUGGUCAGAAACAAAGAAUAGCCAUCGCCAGAGCUCUACUCAAGAAUCCUAAAAUCCUGCUUUUGGAUGAAGCCACCAGUGCACUGGAUGCUGAGAAUGAGUUCCUUGUCCAGGAGGCAAUGGAGCGUCUGAUGGAAGGGAGGACGGUCGUGAUCAUCGCUCACCGGCUGUCCACCAUUAAGAACGCUGAUGCUGUCGCUGUACUCGACCAGCAACGUAUAGCUGAGUGUGGGCAGCCAACAGAGCUGCUAGGAAACAGGCAAGGAUUAUUCAGGAAGCUGAUGGAGAAACAGGCGUUUUUGCAGGAAGAACAGCAACGAGCACUUCUCUGAGAGGACGAGGAGCGCAGAUAAGUGCGAGAAAUCAGGAGGUGAGCUCAGUACCUGGGAAUAGCUGGCUUUGUUCCAGAUUGGGUUGAAUGCCCCCCUGUGCUGUCUCACUGCUAAAAAGACUACAGCAGGUAGCAUCACAGGAAGUUCCAAGAACGGAAAUGUGUAUCGGUGAAUUCUAAGAAACUGUGUUGGACAUAUCUCAUGCUGCACUUAAAAAGAAAACCAGGAUGAGGUAAAGGAGGCUCUCGGUAACUCUGAUUUGAGAUCAGUGUCAGUUUUACACAGUUCAGGCACAUGAGAGGAAUGUGCAGGAUCGUAACAAAACCAAAAAGAGUCCAAUAUGUCCGAGACAGACUACUAGUAUAUAUUUGUUUAUGGAUUUGUGUCUGUAUUGUUGAUUUUUUUUUUUUACUUGAAGCCUACACACAGAGACUUUUACUGUCAUUUUAGAGUCUAAACAAGUCGAAGCAGCUAUACGUGGUUACACUGUGUUGUAGAACAGGACUGAACAUUAUUCUAAUAUAUUUAGAUUUUUAUAUAUGCACAUUUGUCACAAAAGAAUAUUAAUAGUCCUGAAAAUCCAAGCUGAGGUGCUACAAAUCUGAAAUUAAUAUUUUUCUGGUCUGAGUCAUAUUAAUGGUGAGAUUGUUUGGCUUGUACAGUUACGUUCAGUCAUUCUUGAGUUUAACUUGCCUCGGAUUUAACUGAAACUGCUGAAACUUUGCUAACUUUAUAUGUCAGACAAAAUAAAAUGAGCCCAGUUAGUUGGGGAAGUUAGUUGAGGCUAAACAGAUGCUUUUCUGAAUGAUGAUGUGCUUUCACCAUCAAUGUCAGAGGUGGUCUGUGUGUCAUCUCAACAAUGACCUCUAAAUCCACAAAUUCUUCAUCACAUCUCAUUACUCAUCUUUAAAAUGUUACACUGUGCUCAGCCUUUAUGGCAGAAUUUGGAAAAAAACUGAAACCUGUAUUACAGACGUGCUCAGUACACCGCUUGGUGUUAGCAGGAUGUACACUUGACUAGCCUUAAAUUCUACAUAAACAGCUCUCAAACCACCUACAUGUUCACCACGGUUCUGUUAAGCCGGCUAAAUAUUAUAGCUGGCAUGGAGAGGCUGCCUAAGGAGUCAUAAUUCUCCUCAGUAAAUAUUUGGCUUGUAAAUUCCCACUUCACUGCUCACCGAGAGUCUACAUCAGAAUGUUUCAAAGGAUUUUCUUUUCUUUUUAGUCAAGACAUCUUCAUACCCUGAGCUUGACUUCAGCAUAUUCACAACUGUUUCACAUGAGAAGUAACUCCACAUCAUUUGUAGCUAUGGUGCCCAGUUGGAAAGUGGAAAUUACUGAACAAGAAGCUUGAUUUAGUGCUCGGAUCUGUACUGUGUAGCUGGAAACCGUUUGAAUUUGGUGCAUUUAACAGAUACAUUUAAAAAAGAAGUUGAAGAAUGUCUUCAAAUUAAGUCUUGAGGGAGCCUCAGCAGGCACAGUGAAGAAUCAAAUUGUAGUCAUAUGAUGUGUGUUGGUGUUGCUGGUCUUUUUUAGUGUGUACGACCUUUGGCUCAAACACUGCAGCAGUAAAUGUUAAAGUAGGGGUUAACUGGGUGGCUGAGUGGGUGGGGUUAAUGCCACGUGACCGUAUCUCUCGUCUGAGUAUUUGGUUCUCGGUUUGAGUCUGGCUCUCCUGCAUUUUGUGUCUUUUCUCUGUACUGUCCCCAUCAACGAAGGAACUUUCUGUCUACAGAGUUUUUCCCCUAACAUUUGACUUCUACAACCACUCGGCUAAAAUGAGAAGACUGCAAACACUCUAGGUUUACAAGAUGAUGGCAUGAAGACUCUCAUAACAACGGAUUAUGGCUCAUAGCUGAGAUUGAAAUUACCUCCACCCAGCACUGAUCACAGGUGGUUUAAAUAUCCUCAUGAUGUUACAUAUUUAAUCAUUACAGUGUGUAGGCCGCAUGGUGGCAUCUGUAUGUUAAUCAACACAUCCAUCAUAAGAGGUUUAUAGUAAUUCUCAUUUUUUGUUAUUUUUAUCUUCAUUUGUUGUCUCACGUCAACAGCAAUCAUUUUUACUUGAAUGGCAUUGGAUGUCCAUGUCAUUGUGACAUGUUAUCCCACAUUUUAAAGGUAAAUAUCACUUCAAACGAUGCCUUGAAUGUCGUCUCUGUUUUGUGCGGAAAGACCUUGCCAAACCAUUUUCAUUAUAACGUAAAUGGAAAGAAGUAAAGAUAAAAAUUACUCAUCACCUCACUUCACUCUGCACUAAAUGAUGAAGGUGUUUUAAAGUUUAAUAGUUGAUACUAGAUUUACGUAUUCAUGCAAAUCACAGAACACAGCUGGGAGUUUCUUUGUAUGUAAUGAGAUAUAAAUAUGAUCUAAAUGAUAUAUGAUAGAUUUUUAAAUGAUUUUUUGUGUGAAGUUAUACAUCUCUGUAAAGAUGAAUAAAGUGAAAGUUAUUUGCUGAAA